AUGUCGAGGACCUCCAAGGCGGUGCUAGGCCUGUCGGUGUUGCUGACGGCGGCCACCGUGGCUGGCGUGCAUCUGAAGCAGCGGCAGGACCAGCAGAGACUUCGUGAUGGAGUGAUCAGAGAUAUUGAGAGGCAAAAUCGGAAAAAGGAAAACAUCCGUCUUUUGGGAGAACAGAUUAUUUUGACUGAGAAACUUGAAGCUGAAGGAGAGAAGAUGCUAUUGACAAAAGAUCUCAAAAACCAUGACUUGAAAUGA